CGGCCAACCCAGCAUCAACUUCAAAUCACGGAACUCAAGUGGAGGAAUCUGGAUGAUGAGUGAGAAGAGGGUAAAGAGGAGGAUAAUAGUAGACGAUUGUGAGAAAGGAUUGAUCCCUAUAGAGACAAUGAAGCUACAAUUCAGGGACACGUCAGACAUCACAGGUCCUAUGGAAUACGCUCCCCCGACCAAAAAACUCAUGCAGCUGAAGGAAAAUAGGGAUUUGGAAAAGUUGUUUUCUAGACCUGGAAGAUCUGGUUUAUCCCCAACUGCUUCUAAGUCAUUUUCUCGCAAUCUCAUAACAAAGGCAGUGGAUGAAGGAGUAGAGCCUGACUCCAAUAAUUUAGAUCAGGAAGUCUUCAAUUCCAACUUGGAGGAACAAGGUACUUUCCUGGUGGAGGUUAGAAUCAAAGAAGAAUGUUUAGAUGAUCAGCUAGAGUUCUCCAGUCUGGCAGAUUCACAGUCCUCUAACUCCCCCAUACAGACCUCAACAGAUAUACAGAUUGAGCAAGGGACUAACAUACAGAACUCAACAGAUAUACAGAUUGAGCAGGGGACUAACAUACAGACCUGUACAGAACUACAGGGGGAACAAGUGGUGAACAUACAGACUUCUACAGAUAUACAGUGGGAGCAGGGGACUAAUAUACAGACCAUUACAGAUCUACAUGGGACUAUGAUGAACAUACAGACGGAUCAAUUCAAGACAGAACCUGUGUUAUGUGAACUGACAACUAGUGUCCCACCUUAAUCCUUAAUCCACUACCAUCUCUAUCAACACUACUGCAGAUUAGAUCCUACAACAAAAAACUUUAGGUAUAACUGUUUAUCAAACAGUGUAUAUUUACAAUUUGUUUUUUAUAUGCUAUAAAUAUUUAUUUUACCUCUACUGUUUUUUUUUUCCUAUAUAAAAGUUAGGCGGUAAAAUGUGAAUAAUUCCCUAGAAAUCUCUGUGAAUGUACUAAUCCCCAAGUGUUAGUCAAAUGAGCUAAUCCCUGCUUCAGAAGUUAAUUCCUCUGUUAUCUGUAAUCCUAUAGAUUUUACCUUUGUAUCGGUCUAAUAUGUUAAUGGACUGAUCCCCCGUGUUUUAGUCCGGAAGCUAAUUCCAUGUCAUUUGUAAUCCUCUUUUUUUCACUUUUGUAUCAGCAUAAUAAAACAUUUAAAAAGUAGGAUUUCAUUGAGGGAGUUAGCAAGAUGCCAGUUCCUCUCGACCAGAGGCUGCGCCUCGGGAAAUAUUCCUGCCCUUGGGGAACUGGAAUUUUGCUAACUCCCUCAAUGAUUUUCCUUACUCCCUCAAUGAAAUACUUUAUCUGUAUACCAUCACUCAGUCUGAAUGUUGUAAAUAGCUAGUAGCUGCAGCUUGUAGCUUAAAUUAGCUAAAUAGAUGGUAGUUGAAGCCUGUAGCUAGCUGCUUAAAGCCAUAUAUGG